AAAAGACCGUCCGGUUGCCCCGGAAGCUUUCCUCUCCCUAUUGUCAACAUGGCGGUGAAUCUAACUGAAUUAUCUCUUCCUCAAUUAGAAGGUCUGAAAACUCAACUUGAUCAGGAAACGGAGUUCCUGUCAUCAUCCAUAGGCCAGUUGAAAGUCGUCCAAACUAAAUAUGUGGAGGCCAAGGACAGUUUGAAUGUACUUAACAAAAGCAAUGAAGGAAAAGAACUCCUUGUCCCACUCACCAGUUCUAUGUAUGUGCCUGGAAAACUGAAUGAUGUGGAUCAUGUCUUAGUGGAUGUCGGAACAGGUUAUUUUGUGGAGAAGAAUGUCGAGGAUGGCAAAGAGUUCUUUAAGCGCAAAAUUGACUUCCUUACUAAACAAAUUGAGAAAAUUCAGCCUGCCCUUCAAGAAAAACAUGCUAUGAAACAAGCUGUCGUGGAAGUCAUGAAUAUGAAGCUUCAGCAGCUGCAAAGCCAACAGGCAUCACAGUCUGGCACCACUAAAGCCUGAAACACUUUCAAGCAGCAUGGCAGAAAAUUCUGAGGAGAUCUUGAGCAUUCAGCAUUUUUAGAUGGAUCCAUUCUGAUUCCUUAAAAUGGAGAACCACUGCUCUGAUGUCAAUAUGUUCACAUCUCCUCGGGGAGGAGAAGGACGUCCAGCACUUUGCCUGUAUCAAACAACUAAUCAAUUUUUCUGUUGCAUGUCUUCACUCUCAUGUUUACUGAACAACUGAAGCAUUGGGCACAGCCUGGCUGUAUCCACAAAGCCUCCCAGCCCUGGGAUUAAUGUCUUUGGAGGAGAUUUACUUUGUGGCAAACAUUUGCUGUUUUUUUUUUUAAUACAUCAAAUAUUUUGAAUGCAAAUAUUUACAGCUGAAAUCAGCUUAAGGAAAAGUUAUUGGUUUUCUAAAAGCCAAUGUACAGAAAUGUACAAGUAUCUCAUUACUAGGAUUUUGUUAUUAUGUGUUCAAACAAUAAAAAAAAUAGCUUGAUUUGUUGUCCCAAGCAGAUGAGUUAUUACUCCAUGUCCCAGAGAGCAGAAAUAUUCUACUGUAAAAUGUUUGUACAAUUUUCCACCCAUGCUUAAAAAAAAUUAAAAGUUGACAUUUAAAACCUGA